CGCAGCGUGUCAUCGUCAUUUUCUGUGUCUCCUCCCACUGUCUCCAUCCCGUCUGCUGCGCCCCUCCUCGUGCGCGUACGCGCUGUUCUCGUUCCUUGUCGUAGUCUGCGAGUAGAGAGUGGCGAGGGUGAACAGUUCCUGUCAGUCGUCUGACACUUGCCAUUGCCUGGAAUACGCUUUCUUGGGACCCACCUUCGACCCCGGACUCGUCCAAUCUUUACUUGAACCUGAUUUGACCUUGGCUUGUGUUGCACCAUAUCGUGCUCUGUGUCCUUGUCCUUAUCAUCUCAGCGUUGUUGAAACAGUGGGACUCCAAACUGCGCAGGUGAGCUUCCUCUUUCAGCUCUACCUUGUACACCUUCCCUUCAAUGUAUCUUCUCUGCAAUCGGCAAUCGAAGAACGACAGUGCGACGGGCGAGUCGGCGACGU